AUUGAAACUGAAACAUAUUUCACCUCAUCAUAAAACCUGGUCUUGAAUAAAUGAGGAGUUCAGAUCAGCGGUACUCUAUUUUUCUCCUGAGCCAGAGACAACAUUAACAGUCAUGACUUCCUUCAGUUCAUCACUCUCUGAAGGGCGGCUCAUUUGCCAUGCAUGUCUGGAGGUGCUCACUGACCCAAUCCCCACUUCAUGUGGACACAACUUCUGUAACAUAUGUAUCGAGGCAUGCUGGGAGAGUGGACAGCUCUAUAUAUGCUCUAUCUGUAAGAAAGCAUUUGAAAGUAAACCAGAAAUGAAAAUAAAUGUAGCAUUUAAAAAGGUUGUGGACAGUUACAAGGUGCUUCAACACCAAACAAAACCAUUUCAUCAAAUUGAAUGUAAUGUCUGCUCUGCAAACAAGCUAUGGGCAGUAAAGUCUUGUUCGCAGUGUGUAACUUCUUACUACUGUGAGACUCACCUUGACAACCACAAAACUGCACCAAGGCUCAUAAAGCACAAACUGAUUGACCCUGUGGAGAACCUGGAAGACUAUAUCUGUAAUAAACAUCAGAAACCACUGGAGAUGUUUUGCAGAGACCAUCAGACCUCUCUGUGUCUGGUUUGCACUGAAACAGAACAUAAGACUCAUAAUGCUGUUCCCAUAAAGGAAGAGAGUGGACAAAAGAGGAUUCAACUGGAAAGGACACAGGCAGAAAUAAAGGUGAUGAUCCAGGACAGAUGUAAUAGGAUUAAGGAGAUAAAAAACUUAGCAAAGUCCAGCAAGAGCACCACUGAGAAAAAUAAAGCAAAUAAAGUUGAGCUGUUCACUGAUCUGAUCCGCUCCAUUGAGAGAUGUCGAGAUGAGCUGCUGGAGGUGAUGGAGCAGAAGCAGAAAGCAGGAGAAACACAGGCUGAAGAGUUCAUUAGAGACCUGGAGCAGGAAAUCAGUGAGCUCAAGAAAAGAAACACUGAGCUGGAGCAGCUCUCACACACUGAGGAUCACCUACAUCUCCUACAGGUCUACUCAUCUGUGUGCAGCCCCCCAGAAGUCAAGACCUGGAUGAACAUCAACAUUAACACUGGUCUACUCAACACAGAAUUUCUGGAUGAAGCUCUUACUUGCCUCCAGGAAAAAGUCAACAAGGAUCUAAAAAAAAUCCAUGAGAUCACUCAACCUUCUCUUAUUCGGGGAUUCAACUUUGUUCCACCAACAUCACAAACUUCAGCCAAUAGGAUAUUUGAAUUUGGCAGAACUAACACAGACUGUGUUUCCUCCCAUCCUUCACGUGUACCUAAAAGUUCUUCAGCUAUGGAGAAAAAAGAUAAAACGAUUACUGUGAGAACACAACAGGGCAUCCCGACAGAGAUUUUAGACGCUAAAACAAGCAAUGUUCAGACAGAGGGCAAAAUCUACUUUACUCUGGGUAAAACAGACUGUAGCACUCACUCAACGACGAGAGCAGGAAAGAUGAACAAACAAGAGAAGGUCUCACAAUUCAGUGAGGGUUCUCCAGUAGCAGAUCUGAGUACAAUACAGAAACUUUAUGCAGUGAUUGUGAUUUUGGAUCCUAAUACAGCUUACCCUAGACUCAAGCUGUCUAAAAACAGGAAACAAGUAAGUUAUGGAGAAUCCUGGAGAGAUGUCCCCAAUAACCCUGAGAGAUUUGACUCCUCCGCUUGCGUCCUGGGAAAUGAUGGGUAUUCCUGUGGAAGGUUUUACUUUGAGGUCCAAGUUGGUGAUAAGACUGAAUGGGAUUUGGGUAUGGCUCGAGGAUCCAUCCACAGAAAAGGGAAAAUAACAGUGUGCCCAGAGAAAGGAUUUUGGUGUAUUUGGCUAAGAAAUGGAUGUGAAUAUGUGGCUAAUGAAUCUAGACCUGUUUCUAUUUCCCUAAAAGACAAGCCCCAGAAGGUGGGGGUGUUUGUGGAUUAUGAGGAGGGUCUGGUCUCCUUCUACAAUGUGGGGACCAAAGCUCUUAUCUACACCUUUACUGGCCAGUCAUUCACAGAGAAAAUCUAUCCAUUUUUCAGCCCUUGCAACAAAAGAAGAGAUGAGAACACAAUGCCUCUGAUCAUAUCUACUACUAGUUUGUGCAAUUAUUAAACAAUCAAUGGUCCUUUUAAAAAAAGUUAAUGCAAGAAAUAAAUGCCAGGGGUUGCAUUGUCCAAGACUGAACCUCUAACAUUUCUCAGAGGUUCAGUUGCUUAGCUAGAAUCCAUUUUUAUGAAAUAUUGCGCUAUUCUAAAUCUAUUCUGUUCUAAGGCAGUUGAUGUGGUAGUUUUGUGCUUCUGCUGCUUGAAUUAUUUUCAACUUUGGGGAAAAAGCAUGAAUAAAUAUAAAGGUGGAGGAUUUGGUUCUGUUGCCUACCGCAGGGCUUCCCAAACUGGGAUUCACAGGGAAAUUCCA